AUGGAUUGUUUGAAACUACCAGAUUUCAUUGGGUGUACGUUGCACAUUUCUCAUGGUGAUGGUAGAAUGCUGACGGGUACACUGGUUGCUUUGGAUUGUCAAUUGAACUUACUGUUAGAUCACGUGCAGGAACAUCGAGGCCAAGAUCAAGGUGAAAGAUCACUUGGUUUGGUGAGUGUGCCACGCAAUACGAUAACUUCGGUCAAGAUUUCAAGAACGAAAUUGGAUAGGUUGUGCCACAUGAAGCAGGAGAUACUGCGGCACAUCAUCUGA